AGAGUGAAAAUGACAAUUUUCAUGACCUCCAAUAUAGCUGAGUCAAUGAGUUCGACAAACAAAUUUGCCAGAGAGCUUCUAGUAAGACGCUUGCUAGAGUUUUUGACAAAGUUGAUGACACAAUGGAGCUACGAAAAUAGGAAACAUGCAACGAAGUCUACAAAGCUUGGCAAAAUGUACAACAAGAAGUUGAAGAAAAAUAUGAUUGCAUCACAGAACAUGACGGCAAUACCUUCUACGGACCAGUUGUACACUGUGGUUGAAGGCAAAAGGAUAAACAUAGUGGAUCUCGGAGAGGAAACAUGCAGUUGUAAGAGAUUUCAAAUGAAUGAAUUGCCAUGCUCGCACGCUUGGGCAGUUAUAAAGCACAAUGGAAUGGACCCAAUCCAAUUCUGCUCUUUCUACUACAAGAAGGAUUAUCCCAUGAAAACAUGGGAAAUUCCUGUGAAUCCUAUUCCAGAUGAGACUACAUGGGUUGUCCCUAGAGAGGUCAUGAAGAAUAUGGUCUUACCACCAGAAGGGAAGAGAAGUGCUGGAAGGCCAAAAAUCAAGAGAUACAAACCGGCUUCGGAGACGGAUAAUAAUAAUAAUAACAAUAAGAAGAGGAGGGCUAAGCUUUCAUGUGGGUGGUGUGGACAAGCUGGUCACAAUAGGAAAACAUGCAAAAAUAUACCAAAGAACUUAGUUUGAAACACUAGACUUUAUGUUUUCGUUUCUUGUCGUUGGAACCAUGUUGAGUACUUAAAAUUCAUAGCAACAGUUGACUCAAAAUUCAUAGCAACAUUUGAGUAGUGCUUUUGAAGCGUGGAUAAGCAUUUCAAGUUAGACUAUGCCACAAUAUUGAAAAUAUAUUCCACUUUAGCUGCUUAUUUUCUUGUUAAUUCCUUGAAUCUUAUUGGUUACAUGUGUUUACUCUAGCUGC